GAUCAAAAGAAUGAAUAAUCUUUCCGAUGUCCUGAUUGGAGAUGCCCUUCACAGCAAGUAAGACGCAUCACGGGGUGGAAAUCAGCCAAUGUAAACGUAAACAAGCUCCGAAACCUUCUUACACCGCUGAAACGUCUCAAAGCGAUCACCAGAUUUUACUGUGCGUUUUGGAUCGAGCGACCAAUUUUAUCUGGGGAUUGUCAGACAGGAUGACAACAGACAGGACACCGAGAGACAGAAACUAGCGUCUCUUUUCGAUCAGGAUCUUUAACGCCUGCCCGGACGAAUGUGGCCUUGUUUAAUGUCUCAUCCGAAGGACAUCUGAGGCCCAUCUCUCAAGGGCUUAGGAAACGGAGUGACAGGUACGAAACAGAAAGCAUCAAAACGAUGCAUAUUCUACAGGUCUGUUCUUGUCUGAGCGAUAAGAAACCUUUGUUUUCUCCCCACCCAAUUCAGGAGCACAUAGCAACAAUAUUAGUCUACCUGCACACUUGCCAGGAACGUAUUGAGCUUCGGUUACUGCUGCUGCAGUGUCCUUCGGAGCGAGUCACCUUACUAGUUGUCCACCGUUAAAUAAACCGAGGAAGCUCGAUCCUUUCUCCAGUGACAGCCUUGGUUUCCGGACACGGAAUAUGGCUUCUCUUAUUGCCCUGGGGUUGUUGCUUCUCUUGACAGCUUUAUUGUCAGUGGCUCUGAAAGUGAUGCUGAGUCCACAGAUGCUGAAGACGGCCGUUGGGACGAACGUGACCAUAAACUGCGAUUUUGUCCCCGAUGCACCUGUUGAACCCCAGUUCCUGUUAGUGAGCUGGAAGAGGAACAACGAGCUUGUGAUCUCGUAUUUUAAGGGUGGCAUUCGUGUGUCCAGGGUUGGCACUCGGUUUGCUGGUGAGCUGGCAAAGGGCAAAGCAGCUCUGUUCCUCCCUGAGGUUGGUAUUGAAGAUCAGGGAGACUACGAGUGUACAGUCAUCGCCUCACCCGACGAGGGAUCAGCCACUUGCACUUUAAGGAUAUCAGCUUCCCCCAGUGUUCCCCCAGUUGGACCCCUGCUGGAGCUCAAGCCCGGGUUCAGGAGAUCAUUGCGCUGCGAGGCCUCUGGUUUCUACCCGGAAGAAAUUUCCAUUCUCUGGUUCAAGAUCUCAACCGUCGAGACCCUGCAAGAGAUGACCGGUCAGGAGAUCCAGAGAGGGAAUCCCGUGAGGAACAGCGACGGGACCUUCAGCGCUGUCAAUGUCCUAACCCUAAGGGCGCCUCCAGUGGUGGGAGGUGACAGUUACAUCUGUCAUGUGAGACAUGAAGCGUCCGAGACUCUUGUGAAACAAAGAGUGACCAUCACAGUUAUGGGAUCCCUUCCGUGGUAUUCCUGGUUCUCUAUCACUUGUGCUGUGAUUUUACUGAUGGCGCUUCUUGUCAUUUUAUCAUCAUAAAAUAUAAGCAACUGGUCGACCUUCCUUUAUGCCUCAAGUGUUUUUCAAAAGUUAAGGUGCAGAUACUUCUGCAGCCAGCGGAGGCCCUGCAAGGCCAAUUCACCAGUGGGAUCUGUUCCUUUCGUGGCUGUUCAUUGCAAGCGAGGAAGUGUGUCUUGGCCAUAAGGAAAAACGACGUCGAAACCCAGGUCCUGGAGAGGCAUUACGGAAGGGAAGACUCAGCCGAAAACAGGCUGAAGUUACUGGAAGAUUCCAUCAAUCACUUCACCGCCUUGGGCUGCCCCGAGCUUUCACCCAACAUCUUUAUAUCGUUUCCCGCGGAUGCAAGGAAACACGACAGGGCGGAGUUUGUGUAUCGGGUUAUUGAGACGAGAACGCAGAGAACCUGGGAAGCCAGCACGGGUUUCACGUCAUAGGAGUACCGCAGGAUAUCCAGCUGUUGGACCCUGGCCCAGUGAAGCACGGAGAUCACGAGACUCUGAUCUGUACUGUCACUCGGUUCAGCCCCAAAGCAUUGACUGUCAAAUGGGGAAUCGGAGCAAAGGGAAUUAUCCGCACGUUCUCGGAGGAAUCCUAUGGACCACCGGAAUAUAAGCCGUCGGUUCAACGCAUACGUUUUGCAGCGAUUGAAUAUGAGAUAAAGUCCCCCGAAUAUACCGAGAACAACGAUAGGACCGUCAGCUGUAGCUUUGGGCUCGCCUUUCAGGUGGACGUAGAUGCACAUGACCAGCGCGAGUUCCUGUGUGAAAUAAACCACGAGACACUGGAUUCUCCCUUAAAGAAACGUGUGUGUAUGACAGUAACAAGAGAGUGAGACAGCCUGAGCUGCUGUGUGACUGCACGUUCUACCCCGGGGAUCGAACCAUCCCCCAGCACAGAGCUGCCAGGAGAGAAUCGGAGAAACACACAAGUGACAGCGUCGAAGCCAGCGGGAGUCGAGGAGCACGGAGCGACUGUAGUGACUGAGGGACACUGGGGAGAUGUGCUGGUGUGUGUUUGCGAGAGAAGCGGUGAUGGGUCUCUGGGCCUUAGUUCACACCUUUCCAUCGAUGCUGACGGGAGACAGCAACAAUACGCGCUUCAUUAGGUGCUUAAUCACAGGGGAACAUCUCAGAGACGAUGUGACCCACAGAGAAAGCUGGGAAGGGAGUUGGGAUAUCAUAGAACCAUAGAAUUAGACUGCACAGAAGGAGCCAUUCAGCCUAUCGUG